AUAGACUAUUAUGAUGUAGGACAUGCUGGUACAUCUUCGUUUUCCCUUUCCAAUAACCUACAACACAGCUAAACAUCAUUCUGCGGCUCGCACUUACGGCUCGACACGACUCACUCCACAGGGCACCAAAGUUCUAACCCAUUUCGGAUCUUAGGAAUGAAGCUUCAGAUAGCAGCCGCGCGCAAAAUGUCUAUAGGGCAAGCCUUAAUGCUCUUACUGGUACUGCGGUUUGCGCAAGGGUCGCGGCUUGUCGAGCAACUUGAUGGGCAUUUUGGCCAGCACACGGUAUCGAAAAACAACCCAAGCGCCCAAGGCGACCUUGCCAGCCUCGAUGCAAAGACGCUUCUGGACCGUUGCCUGGCCGACGCAGCCUGCAGCGCCUCCCUGACUGCUGCAGCCCGGCAAUGGCUGCCCAGCCACCCGCUCAGACCCGCCGCCGGCGUUCAGCCCGCCGGUGAUGACAGCACCAACACCGGCAGCAGCAGCAGCGCCAGCAGCAUCCAGGCCACCGCCAACACCCCCACAGCGAUCACCGGCGUCAGCUGGAGCAGCCGUACGGAGGGCCGCCAGCAGGGCGACGAGGGGGCGGACGGCGAGGAGACCAGCCUGACGCUCAAGGGCUGGGCGGCGGCGGCGCUGCUGGUGGAGGCGGUGGCGGGCAUGUACCUGCCGCUGCUGCUGCAGCGCCUGCGCUCGCCGCAGUGGUGGCUGUCGCUGCUCAACUGCUUCAGCGGCGGCAUCUUCCUGGCGGCGGGCAUCAUCCACCUGCUGCCGCACUGCGCUGAGGCCCAGGAGGCGCUCGGACCCAUCGGCCCCAACGGCGGAGACUACCCGCUCUACCUGGUGCUGGUGGUGGUUGGCUACUGCCUGGUGUUCUACGUGGAGCGAGUGCUGUUCGACGUGCACGGCGAGGGACACACGCACUGCCAGCACUCCAACGUAUUCAGCCACAGCUGCUACUACGAAGCCAUCUCACACAGACCGCACAACCACCGCAGCUGCGGCCAUGUGCACACCAACCACAACCAUAACCACCAGGGCUGCUGCGGUGGCGGCGGCAGCGGCGGCGAAGGAGCCGUGGAGGGUUCCGUCCAUCGCGGCCACGACCGCUCGCAUUCGCGCUCGCAUCGUCACAAGCCGCUGCAGGGCCCUCCUGCGCUGCUUAUUGGGGCGCCUGAGGGUGCGUCCAGGGUGCGUUCAGAGGACUCCUCUGCUGGCGGCCGCUGUGUCGGGGGCGGCUUCCUGCUGACGCUGGGCGCCCAGGCCGGCGCCGCUGAGGGAACUGGCGCGGUGUGCACGGGGGUUGUUCCCUCGCUGGCGGAUGUGCUGCUGGUGGGGGCGCAGCAGGGGCGGGGACAGCAGGAGCCGGAGGAGGAGGAGGAUGCGGAGUCGUGCCACAGCCACCACACUCCGCGGGCGGUGUGCGUGUGCGUGGAGGGCGAGGAGGAGGAGGAGGAGGAGCAGGCCCCGGCUCACAACCACCACCGUCAUCACGACCACCAUAACCACCACCACAACCACCAUCAGCAGCUUCACCAACACCACGGCUCGCUGCACGUACCGCUGCUGGCGGCUGAGGUCACCGCCGCUGCGCCCGCCGCCACACUGCCUGCUGUUGCCCCACCCGCUGCAAACGGCAGCGCUGGCGGCUGCUCAGGCGGCACCUCUGGUGACGCAUGCAGCGUAGCCUCCUGGCAGCAGCAACAGCAACAGCAGCAAACGCACCCCCAGUUGCUGCUGCCCGAGCCCGCCAGCUGCCCCUACCACCUGCAACACCCGGCAACCCUCCACCACCAGCACCCCCACCAGCACCACCCCCACCACCGCCCCGGCGGCGCCCCCCACUCCAACGACUCCUCCCUCUCCUCCUCCUCCUCCUCCCACUACCACCUCAACCACCACCACAACCACCACCACCACCACAACCACAACCACCACAACCACCAGGGGAACAGCAACCACAGCGGCAGUGACCAGCUCCAGCCCCACUCCCACUCCCACCCGCUACUGCUCACGCACCAGCGGCACCACACCAUCAAGCCGCGCUUCCGCUUCAUGCACGGCGUGGUGCUGCUGCUGGCGUUGGCGCUGCACACCUCCCUGGAGUGCAUCGCGCUGGGGCUGCUGCAGCAGCGGCGGCAGUUCCUGCUGCUGCUGGCCGCUAUCGCCAGCCACAAGGCGGUGUCGGCGCUGGCGCUGAGCAGCAGGUUCCUCAAGGAGGGCGCAACCAUGAAGCAGGUGACCAUCUACGUGGGUCCCUUCUGCCUGGUGGCCCCCCUCUCCAUCCUGGCCGGCGUGUACGUGGGCCGUGUGGCGCCACUGGCCUCACUGGUCUUCAGCUGCUUCGCCACCGGCACCUUCCUGUACGUGGGCGCCUCCGAGGUCAUCAUGGAGGAGUUCGAGGGCGAGAUGCGGGCGGAUCGGCGCGACAUCUCCACCGCCGCGGCGCGCUACAUCAAGUUCGGUGCGGUGCUGGCGGCGGUGGCGCUGGUGGCGGCUAGCGGGCUGCUGCCGGAGCCGGAGGGACACCACUGAGGGGGAAAAAUAAUAAUUAAGUGCAACAACGCAAUCCCAAUCCCGAAUCACUGAGGGGGAGGGGGGCAGGGGGCUAAAUGUGUACGGCGCUGCUGCUAGAAACAGCUGAGUUAAGAAAACUGGCCGCGAGUGUGUGUGUGUGUGUGUUAUGUGGAGGUAGAAGAGGGGGCAGGCGAUGGGGGGGAAACAUAGUGGAAAGGCGCCAUGUGACGAGGUACAUGGGACGACGCCGUUGAGGAUGGGGUGGAGAGGAAGAGCAUGAGGAGGCGUGGAGCACGUGAACCCAGCCGGGAGGGUCCCUGUUGUUGGCGGUGG